AUCAAAAGCGACCUGGGCUGAGAAGGAGGUCUUGUCGUCAACAGCAGCAGCAGGAGCAGCAGAGCAGGGUCAGUCUUCUGCUGCUUCCUUACCAACUCACGCACCAGAUGAACACGAGAGCCUUGUGAUCCGAGGCCGCUUCCUCCUCCUCCUCCGCCACACUCGAUACUUCAACUCCGACCUCCAUUCUGUUUCUCUCUCUCUCUCCGGUCCCCUUCCCUGUGUCUCCACAAGACCACAACUUUUACUGCACAACUUGUCAGAGAGUUCUUGUUUGUUCUUCCGCCACUCACCACUGUGGUGAGGAUUCUGUAAGCGAUGGAGGUGUGCGCCCUUGCUGCGAUGGAUUUAGGUUCAGCUCGAGGAGGCUUAACCCAUCAGAUCCUUCCUUUUUUGCUUGGAUUGAAAGGGAAAGAGACACACUGUUCUUGUGCUUGAAUUUCUGGAACAACAACGACAACAAAAAAAAAAAAAAUCAAAGCUUGGUAGAUCUUGUGCUCCAUACGUUGCCAAUGGCAAGCUGCGGUCGCGUCUUCUCCCUUCUUGUGCUCGCUCACCUCGCGCUAACCGGCUUUUUGAGCACCGCCGCGCGGUUAGCCGACGAGGCCACCAUGGCGGGCCUCCAGAAGGAGCUUCCCUCUGCGGGUUGGGACUCCGGCAGUUCCGACUACUGCUCGUGGCGCGGCGUCGUGUGCAGCGGUGACAACGGCUCCGUCGAGGAGCUCGAGCUGCCCCACCGCAACCUCCAAGGUAACAUCUUUCUCGUUUCCAAGCUAACAUCUCUCAAGUUCUUGGACCUUUCGAGCAACAUGCUCCGCGGACCCAUUCCUUGGGCUAUCGGGAAGUUGCAGGCGCUCGAGUUCCUUGAUCUGUCCAUGAACAAGUUUGAGGGCUCGAUUCCCCCUUCAAUUGGCAGUCUAAUUAACCUCAGAUCAUUGAACCUUUCAAAUAAUUUGCUUUCGGGUGAAGUGCCUGAUGAUCUGAGAAACCUAGAGAGAUUGCAGGAUCUGCUUCUUUCUGGGAACAAGCUCAGUGGUUCCCUUCCCGGAUGGGUGGGCGAUCUCGGCGAUCUGAGGGUGCUCUCGGCCUAUGAGAAUAGCUUUGUUGGUGUUAUUCCCGAACGUCUGGGCUUGAUCUCCCAACUGAAAGUUCUCAAUCUGCAUUCCAAUCAACUCGAAGGAGGGAUUCCCGACAACAUCUUCCGGUCAGGAACCUUGGAAGUGUUGGUGCUGACAAUGAACAGAUUGAACAGCAGCCUCCCUGAGUCGAUUGGCAACUGUAAACAUCUCUCGAAUUUUCGUGUUGGGAAUAACAAUCUCAUCGGGAGCAUUCCUGUUUCGAUCGGCAAUAUGAGUAGCCUUACAUACUUCGAGGCUGACGACAAUCAUCUCUCUGGUGAGAUUGCUCCAGAGUUUGCACAAUGCUUGAAUCUCACUCUUUUAAACUUGGCCUAUAAUGGUUUUACUGGGACUGUUCCUGAUGAGCUUGGGGAGCUCAAGAGCCUUCAAGAAUUCAUCGUCUCCGGUAACAACCUUGGGGGCAAAUUUCCCAGGUCGAUGCUGAGGUGCAGGAACCUUAGCAAACUUGAUCUCAGCUACAACCAAUUCAAUGGAAGCUUGCCUGAGGACCUUUGCGACACGUCGAGAUUGCAAUUCUUGCAUCUGGAUCACAACUUCAUCAGUGGGGAGAUCCCUCAAGGGAUUGGAAAUUGUAACAGGCUGCUUGAGCUACAGAUUGGGAGUAAUUAUAUCUCUGGUGUCAUCCCGCCUGAGAUUGGUAAGAUCAAAAACUUGCAAAUUGCUCUCAAUAUCAGCUUCAAUCAUCUCCAAGGGCAAGUUCCUCGGGAACUGGGUAAACUCGAUAAGCUAGUGGCUUUGGAUGUGUCCAACAAUCAACUUUCUGGAUACAUUCCGACAGAUCUCAAAGGUAUGCUAAGUUUAAUUGAGGUCAAUUUCUCAAACAACCAGUUAAGUGGCCAAAUACCACUUUUUGGACCCUUUCAGAAGAGUCCUCAGUCAAGCUUCCAAGGAAAUGAAAGGCUAUGUGGCGAUCCGCUGACUUCAGAUUGUGGAACUCUGUUUGGUUCAGACUAUACUUCAGAUCGCCACAAGGUUUCGUACAAGGUAAUACUUGCUGUAGUUGGUUCCGGUUUAACUGUCUUCGUUACGGUAUCAGUUGUUGUGGGCUUCUUUAUGUUAAGAGAGAAACAAGAGAUGGAUGCCAAGGCAAAUAAAGUUGCAGGAGAUAUAGUUAUGACUCAUCCAGAGAUAGCAGCUGGAAAUGUGUUUGUCGAGAGUUUGCAACAAGCGAUAGACUUUGUGAGUAUAGUCAAAGCAACGCUGGAUGAUUCGAACAAGGUCAGCAGUGGCACGUUCAGCACUAUGUACAAAGCUGUCAUGCCUUCGGGGCUAGUAGUUUCGGUGAGUAUGCUGAAAUCUGUAGACAAAACUGUGACACACCAUCAGAACAAAAUGAUCAGAGAGCUCGAGAGGUUCGGAAACCUCUGUCAUGCCAAUUUGAUGCGGCCUAUUGGCUAUGUCAUCUACGAGGACGUUGCACUCCUGCUUCAUCAUCAUAUGCCGAACGGAACAUUAGCGAAUCUUCUUCAUGAUACAGCGGAAUCUGAAUAUGAGCCCAACUGGCCUAGAAGGUUUUUUAUUGCAGUUGGAGUUGCUGAAGGAUUAGCUUUUCUUCACCAUGUUGCGGUUAUUCAUUUGGAUAUUUCUUCGAGUAACAUACUUCUCGAUUCACAUUUUAAUCCAUUGAUCAGGGAGAUUGAGAUAGCGAUGCUUUUGGACCCGUUGAAAGGAACUGCGAGCAUCAGUGCAUUGGCAGGAUCCUUUGGUUACAUACCUCCUGAAUACGCCUAUACGAUGCAAGUUACUGUAUCUGGAAAUGUUUAUAGUUUCGGAGUGGUGUUGCUUGAGAUCUUAACAUCCAAGUUACCGGUUGAUGAGAUCUUCGGCGAGGGCAUUGAUCUGGUCAAAUGGGUUCAUAGUGCAUCUGAGCGAGGUGAGACCCCAGAACAAAUUAUGGAUGCAAGACUCAGUACAUACUCAUUUGCUUGGAGGAAACAAAUGCUAGCAGUUUUAAAGAUCGCGAUGCUCUGCACUGAUAAGACACCGGCAAAUCGGCCAAAGAUGCAAAAGGUAAUUGAGAUGCUGCUCGAAUCAAAAGAUUACUAGAAGAUGUUUCGAUAGCUGCUCUUCCACUGUGUGCUACAGAGAUACAAAGCAUUUGGAGCAUAGCCAGAAUGAUCAUUGAACAUGCCAAAUAUCACUUCUAUGAAGCAGUAUUUACGAUCGUCACUUUGAUUGCCAAGAUAAGAGAAAAGUAGUAAGUUUGAAUGAUGUUCUGUUGGUGCUUAAGAGCGAGUUUCACUUGAUUUGAAAUGCCAUUUAAUGGCCUCCCUCAAGCUGUUUCCGAUACACCUUUCUGUGCAUUAGCUACUAUAUUUAACAGCUUACUGAGCAUUACGGUAGUGAACUCAGACAUGCUUUUGUGAGCGCUAGCUGAUCUUGUCAUUGUGUUGUCAUAUUAAUGUUAAAAGCCCCGUAAAGCUACUUGUCUUCAAUGUCACAUGAAACUGUUUGGUUCA